CAGGUCAUCAAAUUGCAAAAGUGCACGAGGCUUGAAGCUGGUCUGAAGAACCUUAGCUUGUCAUACUUCCAUACAAAGCUUUAUAGAUGCAUCUCCUGAGAGCAAAAAGAUAGUACAAUGGCUGACAAACGAAAGUUACAAGGAGAGAUAGACAGAUGUCUAAAGAGAGUUUCUGAAGGGGUGGAUACCUUUGAGGACAUUUGGCAGAAGGUGCACACGGCAUCCAAUGCCAACCAGAAGGAGAAAUAUGAGGCAGACCUGAAGAAGGAAAUAAAGAAGUUACAGCGUUUAAGAGAUCAAAUCAAAACAUGGCUAACCUCAAACGAUAUCAAAGACAAGAAAACUUUAACGGAGAACAGAAAACUGAUAGAAACGCAAAUGGAAAGGUUCAAAAUUGUUGAGAGGGAAACGAAAACAAAGGCGUAUUCUAAAGAAGGUCUGGUGUCAGCAGCCAAGAUUGACCCUGCCCAAAAGGAGAAGGAUGAGACAAGACAAUGGUUAACUGAAUCCAUCGACACACUGAACGUUCAGACGGAUCAGUUUGAGUCGGAGAUUGAGACUAUGUUCGCUGGGAUCAAAAAGAAGAAGUUGGACAGAGAGAAAACCGAUAGAGUUGAUGAACUGAAAGAAUGGGUGGAAAGACACAAGUUCCAUGUGCAGAAGCUUGAAACUAUCAUGAGACUGAUGGACAACUGCUCGUUAGAAGUGUCGGAGGUCAAGGAUCUCCAGGAUGACCUCAACUAUUACCUGGAGUCAAACCAGGAACCAGAUUUUGCUGAGAACGAAAUGAUGUACGAUGAUCUCGACCUAGAGGAUGUUCAAAUAUACCAAACACCACUGGUACUAGGGAGUGCGUCUCAACCGUUUGUGAAUGAUGAUGACACUAUUUCAAUUCCUACUUCUCCCGGGUCCUCUCAAGGCCCUCUCUCUCCCAAAACCCCCACUGUCCUCAAAUCUACGUCACAGGAAAUGUUUGAUGAGAGAAGAAGACGAAAAGCCUCGUCCAGUUUUUCCAACGACAUAGAACCACCAUUCCAACCAGCUCCCUCUCCUAGAAAACUUAGUAAGAGCUUAUCAAAUUCUACCAGUGGGUCAUCUAGAGCGUCAGGGAGUGUACCCUUAAAGUUGGCGAUCACCCCCACGACAGGAAGACCCAAUUCUCUGGGUAGCAGUAGCACGAGGACGUCCAGUGUGUCAUCCCCAAAUGGCAGUAAUCAAAAAGGAGGGUCCAAUAGCAAGCAAGCCCAACCUCCACCAGGCCCUGCCUAUUCUAUUGCAGCAGGUGGGCAUGUAAACUCUUCACCCACCACUUUGACGUCUGCUCUGCCCUCUGACACAACCAGCAGUAGCACUACUCCAGCCGAGGAGGACAGUGGGAGUGGUCAGUCAGCGGGAGAGGGCUCUCAACAUCAGCGUCUGCACUCUCCACCACCUGUGAGCUCCCCAACCACCUGCGCAUCCCAAGCAAGUACAUCGGCAUCAACUGCUCCGGCUGGACUGGCACACAUACAGACCACCAUAUCUCAAACCAGACCACAGGGACCAGGUUCCCAAACAUCCCACCGCUCUGAGCACAGUCGGUCCAGCAGUGCCUCAUCAUUCUCUGCCUCUCUCUCGCAAGACUCUCAGUCAUUGACUCAUACCAGCUCCAGUAUAGCAGAUACACACAGUGGAGCAUCCAGUAACAGCGGGGGAGCACAUUCAACCCCUGUGUCAGAACCAAGCCCCCUAGUAGUGGACACUGGUGUGCGGCCUCCCUCCUCUACCCAUUCCUCGGUCGGAGCUCUCUCUCCCCUCAUCUCCACCACAAUCACACAACCAACCCCUCAUAGAACGCCCUCUCAACCUCCAACAACCGCACAGCCCUCCAUUACGUCACAUCAAGAUGCAUUUGUGGUCACGCCCUCGCCAAUGCCACUGGCACCUGUUGGUAGUGGUGUGGAGUUAGCAGAAAAUCCUAUGGUCGCUGCUCAAAGUCCUGGCUUUAAUCAGUUUCCAUCAGGAGGUUCAAAUCUCCCAGUGUGGAUGGCAGCGGGUGAUGACGGUCUGGAGGUAGUUCCAGGAAGUUUAGGGGCAGCCUUCGGCAAUGGACUAUUUUCGUCUUCUACUAGCACAGGUCUCUCACCGACACUACCUGUCAACUCGCCUCCUCUGUCCUGUAAUUCUCCUCUGGUUCAGUCUGCCGCCUUCCCCUCACAACCUCCCAUCUCCAACUCCCCUCUCACUUCUGCCUUCCCCUCGCAGCCCACCCCCCUCACAGGGGCACUCCCCACUACCUUCACAGUGGCACAGUCAACCUUCGCUAACUUUACAGGAGUCCUACCAACACACCCCACUUCCUUCGCUGGGCUCACAUCAGCAGGCUUCAUGUCGCCAGAGCAACCCUUCCUACAGCAGACUGCUCUGCCGUCUAUGGGUGAGCGGGAUGCAGGGCCUGGUGUCGUGGGUCAGCUCUCCUCGCUCAAGUCCAUAGCAGCCCAGGUAGUAGCCUCAUCUGGCACACCAGUCACUAGCAGUAGAGGAAGUGGUUUGGAAGCAGUGAUGGGCCUCGAGAGUAGGCCUGGGCAACAGAGCUCAGAGCAAAUGAGACUAAUGGCUGCAAUCUCUCCAGCUCUGUUAGAGUCCUUCAGUAGUCGUGCUUCAGAGGAGACAUCGGCAGGUCGUACAGACACUCAGAUCAUGCCUCUGCUAGGAGUCACGCCCCUGGGUCCAGUGCAGCUGACUCAAGAGAGGCUCUAUCAGCUCAAAAUGUUGGAGACUGCAUACAAGCACCUGCCACAUCAGUCAGAUUCAGAAAGAGUGAGACCGUAUUUGCAAAGAACACCGUAUCCCACUCCGUUCUAUCACCAUCAGCACCCUCCAUCUCACUUUGACUCGUUCGAGUUCUUCCAGAGACUAUCUAUAGACUCGCUCUUCUUUGUAUUCUACUAUAUGGAGGGAACAAAGGCCCAGUACUUCGCAGCAAAAGCUCUCAAAAAAUUAUCUUGGAGAUUUCACACAAAGUACAUGAUGUGGUUUCAGAGACUUGAGGAGCCUAAAGCCAUCACUGACGACUAUGAAAUGGGUACGUAUAUCUACUUUGACUUUGAGAAAUGGAGUCAGAGAAAAAAAGAAGGGUUCACAUUCGAAUACAGAUUCCUUGAAGACAAGGACCUCCCCUGAAUCAUGAUUGAUCCAUCUUUUUAUGUUGUCUCGUUCAUGUCUGUUGUCUACUGAGAAAACUUGUACUGAGGAAUCAGUAUGUAUUAAAGUGAACAAACAUAAUGUCAUUUCAUUGCCAAUCAGCAGUCCCUGUGGUUGUUCGUAAUCCUGCAUUGUAAUUACUGUUGGUUUCAUAUGAAGUGAAUUUGGCACUUUG